CGGAUUUAGCUUUAUGGCUUCUUGUGGUUCUCAUAAAGUUGAAUUUGAAUCAGAGUUACUGUUGGGUGUAUUUACAAAAUCAUGGCGGAUUGGAUAUUUCAUUUUCUAGGGGCAUUACUGUGUGUGACAGGUGCACUGUGUCAAACUACUAUUGAUGUAGAAGGCCCAACCGGACCAGUAUUGGAAGGCGAAACAGUUACAUUUACAUGUACUAUAAGCCCAGCUCUCCCGAAGUUCCAACCACCACAUGUCAUCAAAUAUGUCGAUUCCGUAUCAGAACCCUAUUUUAAAACAAUAAGUGGAGAUGCUGGACAGAAAGUAAAUUCUCCGUUCGAAGAGACUGGUAGAUAUAGUAUUCAAUUCGAGGAGGUCGAAGGCAAAGGAGACGUCGGCACUAUCACAAUUACAAACGUAAAAGCGGAGGAUGGAGGAGGUAGUAUUGGUUGCUCCGUUCCCUCCUUACCCAAUGAACCAUUCAGUGUGACAGCUUUGGAGGUGCUUGGUGGGCCAAAACAAGUUUAUUUCAGCAACAUGACGGAUGGCUCUGUCCUGCACGUGAAAGAAAACGAUAGGGUCAAUCUUGAGUGCCAUUCAAACGGUUCUAACCCCGCCCCUGAGUUGAAGGUCUACCUUAUGGGUAGAAAUAACAAUAAUGUUAAUCUCACAGAAACCUGGGCAAGAUCAUCGACUUAUCCCGUUCCUAUAGAUAAUAAUGAUGGACUGGUGAAGAUCAUGCAUCAUGUAUGGCUGCACAACCUUGAGAAGAUAGAAUAUUUACACAACAAAAAGAACUUGAGAUGUGAAGCGACUGUGCCUGGUCUUCCUACGAAAUCAUCACAGAUCACAAUUGAUGUUUUAUUUGCUCCCAAGUUUAACUGUAGCAGAGUACAAUACCCAGAGCCUGGCAAUAGAGAAGCGAGGAUAUCAUGCGACGUGGCUGCCAAUCCAGAUCUGAUCAAUGAUGAGACGAUUGUUCAGUGGCAAUGGACGGAGAACGAGAACAUGCAGACACUGAACCCAAAGAUCAACCAGAUGAAUGGAGAGUAUAGGGCACAGAUGAUGAGAUCAAGUGCAGAUGACAAUAUUGUGAAGGUUGAGUUGGAGAUCACUCCGUUGGAUAGCAGCCACUACAGACAAUAUAACAUUUAUAUAAGCACCAGUGACACACAGGCCACAUAUAACAUAACACUGGCACAAGGGUCCACCAAUACAGCACCAAGCAGACGAUGCAGUAGAACAUACAUAGACUUUAUAAUAACGUCAUUAGUGCUAACAUUGGUCGCCAGUCAUCUUAAUUAA